CCCAACCCCAUCGAGCUAACAGAAAAGAAGCUCAACCCCCACUUCAUCCGCAUCGUCCAUCUCUCAUCGUUGGCCUCGAAAUCACCAUUUUUUCCGGGAAGGACUUCGCCGGAAAAAGCUCUCCUUCCACUUUAAAGGCCUCCCUCCGGGAUGCUUCCCAUCUCUGAUCAGCCUUCCCCGGAAUCGCAAAAGAAGAAGACCACCGCCUCCGACUCGUUACUCAGCCGUAAGAACUCGUUCAACUCGCUCGCCUCGGCUCUCCAACCCUACUUCUCCCUCCACAACCCUCGCACAUGGCUCUUUCUCGCCAUCAUUUCCCUCCAGAUCUUGAUCCUCUUCAUGGCUCGCUCCGUCCCCCUCCCGCUCUCCUUCCCCCACGCCCGCCACCACUUCCCGGGGCCUAUUGCUGCCGCUCGGCUCCCCUCCUCCGCCGCCGCCUUCGUUUCGCCGACCGAUCCUCCGUCCGCGGACUCCGACCAAUGCGGUUCAGGGAAAAUUUACGUGUACGAGCUUCCGAGUUUCUUCAACCUGGAGAUUCUCAAGCAGUGCGACAACUUGAAUCCUUGGAGCUCGCGAUGCGACGCGCUUGCUAACCAAGGGUUCGGCCAACCCGCCGCUGGGCGCUUGGCAGGGAUCGUACCGGAGAAGUUGGCGCCCGCGUGGUUCUGGACUGACCAGUUCGUUUCGGAGAUAAUCUUCCACAACCGUAUCCUCAAGCACGCGUGCAGGACGAUGGAGCCCGAAUCAGCUGCGGCCUUCUACAUACCGUUCUACACUGGACUCGCGGUGGGCAAGUACUUGUGGUCUAAUUCCAGCGCCAAGGACCGCGAUCGCCACUGCGAGAUGAUGCUGAGCUGGGUCCAGGAUCAGGUGCCCUACAAGAGAUCCAACGGCUGGGAUCACUUCAUCAAUAUGGGGCGCAUCACGUGGGAUUUUCGCCGGUCCAAGGACGAGGACUGGGGCUCCAGCUGCAUCUACAAGGCGGGGAUGAGGAACAUCACGCGCCUCCUGAUCGAGCGCAACCCCUGGGACUACUUCGACGUUGGCGUGCCCUACCCCACCGGAUUCCACCCCCGGUCCGAGUCCGACGUGGCGGAGUGGCAGGACUACGUCCGCACGCGGCCGCGGCCCGCGCUGUUCUGCUUCGCCGGGGCCAAGCGUGGCGCGAUCAAGAACGAUUUCCGAGGCAUCUUGCUGAGCCAGUGCCGCAACGAGUCAGACGCGUGCCGGGCUGUGGACUGCGCGGGGGCGCGGUGCUCCAACGGCACAACCGAAAUCCUGGAGACCUUCCUGGGGUCCAAGUUCUGUCUGCAGCCGAGGGGGGACAGCUUCACCCGCAGGUCCAUCUUCGACUGCAUGGUGGCCGGCUCGAUCCCCGUCUUCUUCUGGAGGCGGACCGCUUACUACCAGUACGAGUGGUUCUUGCCGGGCGAACCGGGGAGCUACUCGGUUUACAUAGACCGGAACGAGGUGAAGAACGGGACGUCCAUCAGGAAAGUCCUGGAGAGGUACAGCGAGGAGGACGUGAGGAGGAUGAGAGAGAGAGUGAUCGAGUACAUACCCAAGCUCGUGUACGUGUUGCCGGAAGAAGGGCUGGGGAGGGUGAAGGACGCGUUCGAUGUGGCCAUGGAGGGGGUUUUGAGGAGGUUUAAGGAGCAGGAAGAGUGGAGGUUUAAGUGGCGGUGAGUGCUGUGCUUAGUGACGAGAAGAGGGUAAUUGCACACACAUUUCUGAGGUACGCGGAAUUUCUGGAAGCCUGCUUCGCGAUUGUUACUACUAGCCUACUAGGAUAGAUUAUCGAAUUAUAAAGAUUAUAAAGAACAUCAUCUUCAUCUUCAAAGAUUUCAAGCAGGUUCUUCCACUCAGUUUCAUUCUUUUUGCAGCAAAGUGCGAAAGUGACCUCCGUUAAUGUAAUUCCCUUCAUUUUUUCUCCGUCAAUUUCGCAUUUUUUUUUUCCCUUGGGCUACUGUAUUCUUUUAGCCGCUUGUUGUAGAGAAUAAAGUGUAAACCGGGGCA